AUGUGGCCUAAUGCUCAGGCCGAUGGUGCGGAGGAUAGCCGCAUGGUCCAUGCUGGGCGGCCACCAAGUAGUGGUGUUAAGUAUGGCGUCAACUGCUUCUUCAAUGUAGCAACAAAGCGCCUUGUCCGCCCUGCAGAGCUCAACAUGGCUGCAGAGGAGUGCUACAUCGUUAACAUUGCCAAAUUGGAGGAAGGGAAGAAGAAUUCUGUAGAGGACCGAUCCUGCCCAAGAAGAAGGACUUUCACACUGGAUACCGAGCCCAACGUGAGAGUUGUCCCUCAAUUUCUCACCCGGGAUGAGGCAGAGUACUUCACCUCACUGGCGGAAGACCGCGGCCAAGAGAACGGGAGCUUCGCUGGCGCUGCUGUGCUGUUGCAGACCAUGACCGAACCCGUUGCUCCAGUCGUCCAGCAGAUAGAGGAGAGACUCAUUGCGUGGAAUGAGUUUGCACCGGAAAACAUGGGGUACUUGAGGCUUGUUCGGGCCAACACUGAGCUUGGGAUGGGCAACAGAGGCUGUGGACAGAGGUGUGCCACCAUAUGUCUCACAGAGAAGGCGGACGUGCAUUUCCCGCACAUUGGCCUGCGGGUGGCCAUGACGAGAGGAGACCUUUUGGAGUGGCCGAACGCCUGGUUUCAGGAAAGUUCGCACACCCAUCCAGAGGACAAGGUAACGGUGGAGGACUUGCGGGCAACGCAUGUGCACCUGUUUCCUGGCCUCAUGCUGGAUGCCAGCUUCCAUGACAAGCCAGUUCGUUCACCUCAAGUGACUGGCGAGCCCAAGUGA